AUGUCAAUAAAUUCUAUGGCAAAAAAGAUUGGAUUGACAUUGGUCAGAUUUCCUGUUGGUUAACGCAGAAAUAGACCAAAGUUGAACAGAAUAUUGGAUGACCAACCUUAGCAAACAGUGAGCUGUAAAUUUUUCUGUUCGUCUUGGAGCUUGUCAAUCUGUGGACUGUGCAGUGCAGUUUGAGUUUAUCUCGCUUUUCUCUGAAACUUUCAUUGUUUUUCUGUUAGAGCUAUAUUCUUGUGGACUAUUUUUUCAUUUUAAAUAGUGAGGUACGACAUCGCCUUGGCACACUAUACUCUGUUUUGCUUAGUUUCCAUCUACGUUCUACAGCACGUUUAUUUUGUCGGACAGCGGCUUCAGUUUGUGUAUCCAGACUGUAGCAUUCCUGGUAGAAAUAUGGCAUUCAAACUGAUCAGCACUGUCAAGGCUAAUGGAGUUAUUCCGGUUCAUAAAUAUCGUUCCGAACGAACUGGCUUAACCGUGAUUGUAGGGGAAGUUGAAGGUCCGCUUGUGAACGGAUAUUUUGCACUUGCAACCGAAGCUCACGACGAUGAUGGGUUGCCACACACUCUAGAACACUUGAUUUUUCUUGGCUCAGAAAAGUAUCCAUAUAAAGGAAUUUUGGAUUUAGUUGCUAAUCGAUGCUUGGCUUCUGGUACAAAUGCAUGGACAGACACUGAUCAUACUUGCUAUACUAUGACCACAGCUGGUAGUGGGGGGUUUCUUUCGUUGCUUCCCAUUUAUCUGGAUCACAUUCUUUAUCCCACCUUGACGGACUCGGCGUUCAUGAUCGAAGUUCAUCAUGUUUCGGAAGAGGGAGAAGACGGUGGUGUUGUUUACUGUGAAAUGCAAGGACGCGAGAAUACUGGCGAGUCACGAAUCCACUUGGAAAUGUUGCGAGCUAUAUAUCCAAACUGCGGAUAUAGUUCUGAGACUGGUGGCAUCAUGAACAACUUGCGUACAAGCACUAACAACGCAAAAGUUCGAUCAUAUCACGCAGCAUUCUAUCGUCCGGACAAUUUGCAUGUUAUCAUAACAGGUCAAAUUGCUCCAGAGGAUAUUUUUAAAGCAUUAGAACCUGUCGAGCAGAAAAUACUAUCUAAAGGAACGCUUACAAGUUUCGUCAGACCAUGGCAGACGCCAGUUGAACCUUUACCAGAAUCGAAGAUACUGAAAAUUUUGUACCCAGCUGACGAAGAGGACUGCGGUUUGGUGAACGUAGCCUGGCGGGGUCCGAAAGCCACUAGCGAGUAUACAGAACUUACUGCCUGUUCAGUGCUGUUGCGAUAUUUGUCCGAUACGUCCGUAAGUCCUCUUCAACGCGAAUUUGUGGAAACAAAGGAUCCAUACGCAAGUCGUGUUGGUUAUAAUAUUGCUGAAAACUCGGAAUCUCUGUUGUACAUUUCAUUUGAAAAUGUUCCCUUAGAAAAGGUGGAUGCGAUUUUUCCCAUGUUACAGCAGAUAUUGGAAAAGCUCGGUAAUGGCGGCGAAAGAAUAGAUAUGAAACGGAUGUCAAGUGUUCUAGAAAGGUACAUUUUAGAAUCGCUCAGUAACUUGGAAAGUAAUCCGCAUGAUGAUGUCGCGUUUCACGUAAUCGGCGAUGUGUUGUAUGGGGAAGUAGAGCAAGAUUUUGAUAACCGUUUAAAUGCCAAUAGAUGUCUUCAAGAACUUAAAAGCAAGAACGAGAGUUUUUGGGUAUCUUUGUUGAACAAGUAUCUUGUUAAUUCCAAAAACGUCGUGAUAAGUGCUGUUCCUAGCAUCGAGGAGCAGAAAAGAUCUGCCAAAGAGGAGCAGGAUAGAGUACAGCGACAGCGUGCCGAUUUGGGAGAAGAAGGUUUGGCUAAAAAAGGCAAACAACUCACGGAUGCGAUGGCUAUCAAUGAGAUCCUUCCACCUGACGAAAUGUUGACAUCGAUUCCUGUUCCAACUACCGAUGGUAUUAAAUUUCACCCAGUGCAAAUCUUUAAAUCUGCCGAUAAUAAGAAGCCUCCUGGAUUGAACCUGCGGAAAUUACCUGUAUAUGCGGAAGCCUAUCAUUUGCAUACCAAUUUUUGCUACCUAAUGGUCACGAUGAAUACGGAACCGGUAGAAGCGGAGUUGCGCCCGUAUUUGUUGUUGCUGAUGGAGCUGUUGACUGAGUCCCCUAUUCGACGCGGCAAUGAAUUGAUUCCAUACGAAGCUGUCGUAACUGCCUUGGAGUCGGACACAAUUGAAACGGAGGCCCGACUUGGCAUCGAGACCAAAAGUCGUUUUAGUUUGGGCCCGUUCGGUACCACUGCCACUCUUUGCAUGCAGGUUGUACGCAGUAAGUAUGAAAUCGGCGUCAAUUGGAUCGUUGACUUGCUGCACAAGACGGAGUUCACGGUUGAUCGUGUAAAAGUGUGUGCCUCCAAAAUGAUCAAUGAUGUCGCACAGGCAAAGAGAGAAGGAAACUCGAUUGUUCGAGAUAUGCUAAAGGCGAUGUAUUACGGAGAAGACAGCAAUGUGCGUUUAAGUUCGCUGUUGAAGCAGCAGAAAUUCUUGCACGUAUUAAUCAAACAGUUAGAAAGUGAAGAUGGAGCGAAGACUGUUAUCGAUAAUUUGAAUAAAGCUCGUGGGGUUAUUACUCAACCUGACAAUCUGGGUUUACAUUUGGCUGCUAAUUGGCACGAAAUGAGUAACCUAAACAUUGAUUUGGAAGGACCAUGGAUGGGGCUAGCGACAACGGAGGGCAUGCCCAAAACCAGAUUAACUGCCAUUCCUGAUUGGGAACUGAUGAAGCCCAACGAUAAGUUGAAAGAUUUUACUGGUGUCGUAAUUGGUCUGGGAAGCGUUGAAAGCGCUUUCCUUUAUCAAAGUUCAAAUGCAAUCAAUGAUUUCAACGACUCCGACUUGGCCCCAUUAAUGUUGUUUCUGCAAUACCUGACUCAAUUAGAAGGACCGUUGUGGCGGCAAAUCCGUGGCCAAGGAUUUUCCUAUGGGUACAACAUUGUUCCACGACCCAACGAAGGAUUACUCUAUUUUACGUUGUAUCGUGCAACUAAUGUGAUAGCUGCUUACAAAGAAGCAAAAUCCAUUACUGAAAAACAGUUACAUAACGACGCCGAGUGGGAUUCAACCCUGUUGGAAUCUGCUCGUAGUUCGUUGAUUUUCGAAAUCAUCGCAAGAGAAAAAAGCAUCGGUAAUGUUGUGAUCCAAUCAUUCCUGUCUAGUUUCAAGCAAGUAUCGGCAGGUUAUAAUCAAGCCUUGGUACAACAGAUUGGAAAAGUGACCGAGGAUGACUUGGUGCGAGUAGGAAGUAAAUACAUCAAGCAGCUGUUCUCAUCGGAAGCAAGAACGGCGAUCGUGUGCCAUCCGGAUAAAGCGGCCGAUAUCGCUGCGGCCUUCAAUCAACUUGGUCACAACCUUAAAAUAGAAUGCAGCUUAGACGACAGCAUUUUAGCUUGAGUUACUUGAAUUUUAGGGCAAAUGGCCUUGCAAAUUGAACUGGCUAUGGCUUGAUUCAUCAUUUACAAUUAAACUUAUUUGGACUUGAA